UUCUGAGUCAACAUAACUGAGAGGAUCUGCAGUCAAUUCUUCAUCCCCGUACUUUUAUAUUGAUCCCUACACCCGUAAACUAUCACAAAUUUGUCCACCACAACGAGAAUGUCCAUGACACCUGGUUCGAAAUCCAGAUCGUCCACCCCCACGGUGUUCGAACAGCAGCGGGAGGAACUGGUGAGAGAAAUCGCCGUAGGAAUGGAACAAGUUCUGCAAAAUAUCAACCGGUUGAACCGAAAUCUAGAAAGUAUUGUUGCGGUGGGUAAUGAGUUUAGCUCCGUCGAAGCUCUCUGGUCUCAAUUUGAGAACUUUAUGGGACGACCGGAGGAGAAGGCAGAAGGUGGUGUGAAGGAGAAAGAGGAGCCUCAUGAAGACCAGAGCGAGCUGCAUGAACACGAUAUCUCUGAUGAGAGGAGCGAAAUCGACGGUUAAGAUAUGAGACAUGAUCCAGAAUAUGUUCGGUGCAUGGCUUGGUGUAUUGGAGUUCAAAUUCAGGCGUGUGUAUUAUUUACUCUCUAAUUCUAGAUGAUAUAUUAUCA